CCACUAAAGUCGCUGGUGGCAUAUUUGCAAAAUGAGUUUGGUCGGGGGCAGUCAGUAAUUUACGAAACGCAACAGUUAAUAAUCGAAUUGUCUGGCAGACGGAGAGUCAGAUGCUUCAAGCAGAUUAUGCAGGAGAGGGAAGAGAGCGUAAAUAUUUCAGUGUGUGUAUACAGAUAGCUGUUGCAGAGUUUUGUGUAGUUCUGAUCGGAAGCUUGAAGAAAAAUGACGCAGACGCAAUUGUCAACUUUACUGAUAAUAAUGCUGCUCUCCUCGUCCCUUGAAGCCUUGUUUGUUAAAACUACAAAUCUGGAGUGCUCAGCCAACGAGUCUUAUAUUGCGAAUUUAAACUGCCGAUUGAAACCUCUGAAUCGUACUAAAGCCGUUAUUAACAUGGACGUCGAAUUGAUAAGAAAAAUUGAAAACGUUACUAUAAGCAUGCAACUUCUCAAAAAGAACUAUGCAAAUAAAUUUCUACCAUUCCUGGUUAAGGUCCGUGCGAAUGUUUGUGAUAUGAUGGAGAGCAAAGCAGGCAUUAAUCUCUAUUUAGCGAUUUUCAAGCGAGUCUUAAAAGAUUACUCCAAUAUUAAUCACAGUUGUCCCUUCUCGGGUCAUUUAUGGAUAAGAGACUUGUAUUUGGAUUCAGCAAUGGUACCGGUUGCUCCACCAGUGGGUGUUUACAGAUUAAGUUAUCACUUUAACGAGGCCACCACGAAGGAUCUCAUUGCUAAAAUGUACUUCCAAGGCGAGAUUCGCGAAUUGAAAUCGAGUAACGCUUAAACAUCUCGUGUGUUUAAGAGAGAAGCCUAA